UACACGAAUUCAACAUUUCAGGCUUCUGUUUAAUCUGUUUCUUGUUUAUAAAUUACUAUUUUUUCAUUAGUUUUAGUUGAACAAUAAUUAAAAAUUUAAACAUAACAAUUACAAUAGUCCGUUUAUAAGUACUCAGUAUUUUUCCAAUAGAUGUUUAACUCGCUAUCUACACGGAAUACCCCAUAAGGAUUUUCUCAUAAUUUUUCCCUCAACACAUAUAUUCGACAAAAAUAUACACGCAUAUUCACAAUAUUGAGUAUAAUAUUUUUUUUAAAGAUUUCAACAAUGACCACUACACUAAAACCUUACCUUUCAGUUGUAAAGCAUUCGUUGGAUGCUGCCAUUUGCAUUAGCCAAUUUUACUCGCAGGUGGUUGAACGUCACAGCAAACCAGAAAUAGAAAUGCAAACCAACAGGGAGUUAAUAUUGACUCCAAUGUUGAUCAGUCGUAAUGAGCGAGAACGUGUUUUUAUUGAGAGCUCUAUAAAUUCAAUAAGGGUGAGUAUAGCAAUUAAACAAUGUGAUGAGAUUGAGCGAUUAUUGUGUGAUAAGUUCACGCGAUUCAUGAUGAAACGAGCAGAAAAUUUUUUCAUUCUAAGAAGGAAACCAAUAGCUGGAUAUGACAUAACAUUCUUAAUCACUAACAUGCAUGUGGAACAGAUGUACAGGAAUAAACUUAUUGAUUUCAUUAUUCGAUUUAUGGAAGAAAUUGACAAAGAGAUCAGUGAAAUGAAGUUGGCAAUUAAUGCAAGAGCGAGAAUUUGUUCAGAAGAGUUUCUCAAACAUUUUUAAUCCAGUGUGCAUUAUUUUUUAUUUUCUACUAUAAUCAUUUUUUUAUAUUUUAAAAUGUUUAA